AAAAGACGCACAAGGAGUACAAUUAUUACAAAAAAACAACGCGUUGCGUGAGGACCCGUCUGUCGACUCAAAAACACGCCAAAAAAACCCAACUGAUUUAUAGAAUACCAUGCGGGAAUCCCUUUAUCGUAGCGGGACGUAUCGCUAAAGAGAUCGCGAUGAUGUCAGAGUCAGUAAAGGAUGAGGCUGGUGUUGCCAGGGAAGGGGCGGGGCCUGCGGUCGGCUGCACCACGGCAACCACUGUUGCUAAGAACCUGGCCUUCCUGAAGGCGCGCUCGCUGGACGUGAACUUCGAGGUGGGCGACGAGUAUGACAUCAUCGAGACCAUCGGCACAGGAGCCUAUGGGGUGGUGUCCUCAGCCAGGAGGCGGUCCACAGGUAAGCGAUCGACCAAUCAGCAGUCAGCAUUGCAGCUGCUGUUGUUCUGUCCAGGGUUUUAUAUCAGUGUUAUACAGUGUGGUCCCGCCAGCAUUGCCAGUGCACUAGAUCAGGGUUCAAAGGUCAGAGUUGACACCUGUUGGGCAGUUUGA